AUGAUUUAUGUGGUCCUCUUACUAUCCCAGACUUAUAUUUUAUUAGCUUAAGAAUCAGUAUUCAUUAAUUUUAAUUUGAGUCGAAUUGGGUUUCAUUGAUUCAAUAAGGAGAUCGGCAAGUAUUUUGGAAAGAGAAAGUGCAGAUAAAUCUAUUUGUAUGGAACAUGGAGACAGAUUAAAGCAAUAUGUAGUUAAAGAAUUUAACAGUGGCAUGGAAUUGCCAAGAUUUGACCCUGAAUGCAACUUGCAAAAAAACAGACGGAUCUCCAUUGUCAUUGGACAAGUUCAAUUACACCGUGGUCAUUCCAGAAUCCACCUUACCUCCAAAGAGGUCUUAUGAGUUCACAGCCUUGAUAUCUGGAGAUUAUGUAGUUAACCGCACUGUGACACUGUACUUUUCAUAAGUAUUAUGUGGAACUUAAUUAGAACAUCAUUCCUUUUUUGAAUAUAUCCUAUCCAUACUCAAUCCUGUCCAGAUUGGUCAACUUUGAUGAGAUAAUUGAUUUCUCUAUCCAACUAGACGAUGGAGUGUCCCCAGAUGACUCCAAAAUAUCCGUGGCUAUAUAUUUAGACGGUUAAGUCUCGAAGUUUUAGCAAUUAUACCCCAGACUCCGUUUUCAAGCAAGCUACUUUUACCCAGAUUUAGUCAAUGCCCAAGAAAUAGGAUUAUGCAGGAUUCAUUUCACAUACUCUUUAUAAAACUAUAUCGAUCCUGCAGAGUACGAAAUAAUUUUUCGCAUUAAUUACCCCCCAAGAAAUGGUGAGAUCAAACUCGAUGAAACCAAUGGCAUGAACAUCCUCGUAAGUUCAGUCUCAGACACACACGGCCCAAUUUUAUAUAAAUAUUGGUUCUAUGAUGGACAAUCAGUCAACAUCCAGUCAAUCAACGGAUAAUAUGAAUUAACAGAUUAUAUAGAAUCGAGCAGUUACUCCACAAAUCUGCCGGUGGGACAAUUCACUCUAGUCUGUCAGUUGAAAGAUAGUUUGGGAGCGACCUCAAUAAUUUCUUAGAAUGUUACCAUAUAAACCUCCAAGUCCAAAUUGGAUGAAAUACUUGUAUCACUUGAUACUGAAACUUCCAUCACAAAAAUCAUGAGUGCAUCUCUCACAUUGAAGUACCUAUAUGAGUCCUUCUCCUUUGAUGAUAAAGUUGCUUAUGCUGUUACUGUUAAUCAAACACUAACAAAAUUGAAAGAGUUCUAUAGUGACUAAUUUCUGCUCAAGACCCAAGACAAGUAUUAAAUCAUGUUGCAGAAAGCCAUCUAUGUGGUACUUAUUCUAUGUUUAUAUAUCAAUAGAUUGAAUCCACAGGAAUAAAUUUCAUUGGUGAAGAUACAAUAGACCUUAAAUUGUAAUAUUUAAUUUAGUUUUAAACUCAAAUCAGAAAGGACAUCAUUAAAUUCACUUCCAUGAUUCAGAUAAACGAGAAGUAAAUGAUUGCUGGACAAUACAAAGGGAAUGUGACAGCCUAAGAGUUGUAUCUGGAAUUGUAACCCCUGUAUGGAGUGAUUGGUUAAAUCAUAAAUGACGUCCAUGAUGUCUUUGACACAUUUUUAGGUAGGAUGACUAUUGAUAAUCCUGACACUAUUAGUGAAGCCAAAAAUGCUAAUACCACAGAUGUAAAUUCAACAGACUAUUUAAAAGAAUUGUUUAUGAAUUUAACUGAUACAAAUAACAAGAACAGGUUACUCAAAUAAGUCGAAGAGUCAGACCUGGUCUCUUCAGAUGAGAGUGUCAAUUCAUUUAGAGCACAAUUAAUACAGGAUUCAACUCUGAUUUUGGAUCAUUUUGAUUUGAUCCACAUCUGUUAUACAAGACUCAUAAGUUUGGUGUAGGUCUUGAAUCUCAUCAUUAAUUCAUACACUGAGACCAACGGUAAAGUGAUAUAUCGCAACUUUCAAUAUUUCAACAUAUCCUUUACUAGAGUCACCACUAAGAAUGUGUUAUAAUACCUCUCUUAAGACGAGUAUUAUGUGAGCUUGUUUGGAGAUGAGAAAUUGGAUGCAGUAGCCAUUCCGGUAUUCAGUGGGUACUGGAAUCUAAACAAUGACACAAUUAAUUUCGAAGUUCAAAUUGAUACAUCCAAUAAAACAGAUAGUGGUAAUUAUGCAGCUCGAAGAAAUAUUUACAUGUGGGAGAACAGAGAUCUAUUCACAAAUUUAUCAGAAGUAGAGAUGUUUCAAAUUAACCCAAAUUAUCUCUACUUAGUUUCGAUCAUUACAUUCUCUGUCAAUCCUUACUACUGGAAAUAAGAAGUUUAUGACUAUGCUAAAUGGAAUCAAUUUUCUAACAAUCUGAAAUAUAUCAGUCCGUAAUUUAUAGUUCAAAAUGGAUCAGAUUACCAAGUAGUCUUGCAAUUUGAACAUUUCUAAUUUAAACAUUCCUUCAUCACUGAAUACUCUGAAAAUAACACUAGAUGUGCAUCAAUUGUUUCCAAUUUCACAGGUGACAAUUGUACCAAAUCAGUCUUGACUUCCUAACAUACUUGCACUUGUAAAUACAUUAGUGAUAUAAUCCUCAUGGAAGAAUAUAUCCCUGUAGAUCUGAGGGAGAUCCAAUUUGUAUCCAUAGAGAAUAUGCAUCUCACAGUUAUUGGAUUGACUAUUGGAAUAAUGUCAGGAAUCAUGAUUCUAUUUACUAUAAUCACAGCUAUUUUGGAUCUCAGAUCCUCCAGGGUUGUGUUACCUGUAUCCUCUCCCAUUAUGAGUGAUCAUGGCAAUUAGGAUGAUGUGGAUUAGAAGAUGUUUGAUAAAUCGGCUGAUUUUACCAAGAUCAAAUAGUCAACUAUUUAUCCAGAGAAAUCAAGUGUCUUAAGUGUUAGGUACAAGAAUAAGGAGACUGAAAAAUACGAUGCGAAAUAAUUAUUUGAUCAAUCAAUUAAGGAAGAGGAUUUCUCUCAUAUGACCAUCUUUAAUAAAAAUUAUAAUAAACAACAAAAGCAAUCGGAUGAUUUUCACAAUGCAGCUGUUUAAUAUGAACCCAUCUUUUAAACUAAUGUCGAAAUGGGCAUUAAAUACACUUCUGCAGAUCUAGUCCUUACUGGAAUGAUAGUAAUACAUUUAAUAAUACUUCUAGAAAUUGCAUGAACUCCUAAGCAUCUUCCUAUACUACGAUUCGAAGUUCUCAAGACCAAGUAGAGUGUUACAAUUAUAUAUGAAAUUAAUGGUAAUGUUCGUUGUUAGUUCAUAUACCAUCACGUAUCUGAAUGAAAUUCAACACAUUCUAUUGAUUAUUUUUAUCGGAGAAAUAUCAGUAUUCUUCUUGGCAAUUGUCAAAGCUGAAUUAAACGGAUGGAUAUAAGAAAAAAUCAUUGGAUUUUGUCUAACUGUCGCCAUACUAGGAGGAUGCUUGUAUUCAAUUAUAUCAUUAAUUUAGUAUCUAUUACUUCUACAAUGUUAUUGGACUCUAAAUAGAUACUGCUGAUAAUUGGGCCAGAUAAUUUUUGAUUUCCUACCUGUCCAAUCACAUCCUAUUUGACCCAAUAAUUGUCAUCUUCAAAAUUUUAUUAUAUCCUUGGACUUUACAAUAGAUUAUUGCCCAAACAAAAGCUCCCAUUGCCUAUUUAUUGAACUUCUUCAUUAAUCAUGCUCCCAUGAGAGCCUUAUAUUAAUUGUGA